CUCCGACAUAUGGCCCGUAACAGCAGAGAUCUAUUAGCACUCUAUGAUGAAAUAUCAUCUGGAGUUAACGAGGAAGUGAACUUCAAGUACAACAAUAUCAGGUCUGCCGUCCUGCAAGAAUUGAAACCAUUCGUGCAAUUCGUCGCCAACAACAUAAGAGGCAUUCAACAAGACGUGACAUCUCUUACGGGAAUUAUUGACUGUGCUGAGUUUGACACUGAACAAAUUUCACAAUAUCUCAUUGCUGUCAUUUCGGAAUGCCAAAACCUAGCCAGCUGGAUGGAAACCACCGCCUCCACACGUGUGUCGUACCCAAUGAAGGAUACCGUGGACGUGUACAUUGUUAGUGGACGUGACAUGUUGCAGGUAAACAUCUUCUGAGGUCAGAUAAA